GGCGCUCAGUUACCGGCAGAUGGCGCUAUCGCCUCCUCGUCUUGAUACGUGAAGCCCGGGUGACAGCUCCUGCCCUCUCACCUAUGGGAGCUGCUGUCUGUGCCGGUAGUUCCCGCAGGUACAGGCAGAUGCCGGGGUACCUGAUCUAACUUCCAGCAGCAGCGGAGGUGACUGCGCCCUGUGACCCGGCUCUCCCAGCAGCGGGACCUGCCGCCGCACUCCUCCCAAAGUUUGCAAAGUGCUCACCGCUUGUUAGUAGUGCUGCCGGAGGGGAGGAGGAGGAGGAGGGACAGCGGCCGGGGCUCUGCUGCUCUUCCGGCUCCAUGUGUUAGUAAUGUCCGCGGCAGGACGGGAAACUUAUAAGAGGCAUCGCUGUCCCCCAGGCCGGACUCUCUUCAUGUGCAGGGCCGGGGCCUAGGAGACGCCGGGAGAUCCCAUGGAGCGGUCACUGUGGGAUAGAGCAGGUGAUUUAGGGGGAUUGGAAGGAUUAUCCAGGCCAAGUUCCCAGCUGAGAGGUCCUGAGAAGAAGAAGCGCAAAUCAAGUGUACAGGGUUCUGCACUUCCUCCCCUCUCCGAAUAUGCUCCACCAAUGAACACAAGUUCCAACCACCUCAUAGCCUCCAACCCUUUUGAUGAUGACUAUAGUGUGUCCUCCCUUUCAGGGUACACCUAUUUUGGUAAACCCGGAUAUGCCAACAUUGAAAGCUUUCAUAACUUUAAGAUGCCACCUAAUACAUCACCAAAAAGGUCUUCCCGAAAUGGCGGCACUCAAAGUUUCCGAGAUCAGCCACUGUCUUUUUCAAAAGACAUAAAGGGAAUGCAGUUAGGAAAAACAUUCUCCUUUGAUGUUACUAUGCAGGACAAAUUAAAUUUUGAAAAUGAGUCAUUUUUUAGCAGUGGACUAGGUCACACGAUCGUCAUGCCUGGACAACAUUUUAGACCUAACUACAAUCAAGAAGUCUAUCACAUGACCAGUCUGAAUUCUGGUCAAAGAAAUGACUUUCAGGUUUCCUCUUAUAGGCCUCAGGUUGGAAAAGUGAAUUUUAAUCAUCAGCUGGAGAGCAACCAUCCAUUUCCACAGACACCACCUCCUUUUAUGCAUCCAACAAUGUCCAACCCCAAACAAGAUUUUAUUUCUGUACAUAUUAAAAAUUUCAGUCUGAACUCUGCUACUUCUGAAGACCAAACAAAUUCAGAUCAUCUCACCUAUUCUUCUGCAAAUACAAAAAGUUGUAAAAAACAGUUGGUUGGCAAAAAAAUUUCACAAUCUGAUACUGUAGACCUGACCAUUUGUGGUACUAACGGAACACGGAGUAAGCCUUCUAGGUUGGCAAAAAGUGAUGUAACGCCACGGGAGAAAUGCAACAGAUGGCUUCUCCAGUCUAGCUUUUGCAGUAAUGUAUCCACUGACACUUUGUACCCAUGUGGCAUUUGUUGCAUUGAAGUUAAUAAUUUUGAGGAUGCCAUCAUGUGUGAAGUUUCUUGUCAGAAGUGGUUCCAUCGAACAUGCACUGGGCUGACUGAGGUUGCCUAUACACUACUGACUGCUGAAGCCUCUGCAAUUUGGGGUUGUGAUUCUUGUAUGGCCAAGAAGGAUGUUCAGUUGGUUCAUACUCGAAAAUAGAUUAAGUAAUGUGCCAGCAGCCUAUUUUUUUUUUUUAUUCAUGGCAAUGGUAUUUUUAUAGAAGAGUGCCUUUUUCAUGUCUAAUUGCCAUGACUUGUGUAUGAUUAUGACUGAUUGCCAUGACCUGUGUAUAUUCUAUUGUAAACCGACCCAGAUGAACCCCAACAGGUAAAUUGCUUAUUUUAUACACAACAUUGCAGUAGAUGAUUAAGCAGUUCUUUCUAGUCAGAGUUGAAUAUUUGUCUUACUGCUGUGGACAAAAAUUGUGGCAGCAAUUAUUCAACUACUUUUAUGGCUAAAGAUAGCCAAAACUGAGCACAUUAUUUUAAUUUAUAGUGUGCAUCGGUUUUUUUGUUUUGGUUUUUUUACUGAUCCAUCACCUUGCAAUUUGGAGCACUGUUAAUACAAGUGUGGAGAAUUUAGAAUAUCUUAAUUUGUCCAUUCUGCCAGAAGCCCUGAUCACUAUAUGCUGCUCUAAUAUAUCUUGCACUAUAUAGAAUUACACCUUUUUUUUUUUUUUUGUUACUGUUAAUUCACUGAGGAUGUUAAAGGGGAGCAAAAAAAAUGAAACCUCAACAGAUCUUAUAAAUUGCACAGUGGGAAUUUUACAGAAGGAUGGACUUGCAUUUAUGGGCAUGUGUUAUGUUUGCAUGGGAGGUUAUCAUUGGAAAGUGGGUACAUUUUAAUCUCCGCACUUGCCACACAAUCCCUUUGUAAAUGUGAGUUCUAGAUUUAACCAUAAAAUGGCUUGAAUAUUUAUAAAAUUAGCACUUUGAAGUACAGUUCUUUGGAUUAAUGGCUGUUUAUUUUUGCUAUGAAUUAUGGGUUUUUAUAUCUCUGCAAGGCCACAAAUAGUUAAUAAAAAUAAGGAUAAUGUCCUGUGACAGCAUAAGAGCUACUGAAGGAUGGAAACUGUGAGGGUCAAUAUUCUUUAUUGAAUAGUGUCGGCAAAGUUGAUGUCAAACAAAUGGCCUGCACGCUUUGUCACUGCUGUGAAGCAUCGAGGCAUUUAAAAAAACAAAAAAAAAACUUUUUAGCACAUCUGACUUGCUUCCAAAGUGUAAUCUUUUGCCAUCUUUUCAGGGCUAUUUACGCCAGUGAUAAACUCAAAACAUUAAAAAUUCGUAUACAGACAAUCGGUAAAGAGCCAGUGUGUUGGCAUUUUUGGAUCUUAUUAUGUUUGAAUUACGAUUAGAAUAAUCAAUGGUUUUAUUUAGAAAUGUUAUGUAUUGUGAUUUUAUGAUGUUAGGAGGGAUUAAUAUAUAUAUUUGUAAUUCUGAAGCUUUUCCCUGACACUGCAUAGAUAAGUAAUGGUCCUAAUUGUUAUAACAAUGGGAGAGUCAAUGAAUACUCUGUACCUGAAGAUCCAGUAAUUUUAUACUUCCAAUAAUUGGCAUAAUAAAAGAAAAUAACCAAA